GGCACCGUAGUCGCUACUCGCCAGUCUACCUGCCGGUCGCGCGUCUCAGCGCUCCGAACUGCGUGCGAGUGCCAAGUGUGCCUGCUGCCUGCCUGCCUGCGCCGAAGCGCUCUCUCUCGCUCCGCACGUAUAUAACAUAUAGGUGUACAGUGAGUGAGUCUGCGGAUGUGCCGACCAAAAAAUCUUACGUGUCGUCGUCUUCGCCGUACCGUUCGUCGAAUAUACUACGACGAUCGUGAGUAACCACACACAUACCGAAUGCGUGGCUGGGCCUCUGUGGUAUUUUUCAUAUUUGAAAUUUUGUAAGGGUGUGCAUUGUAACUGCCGCGAGAAAAUAAUUCGCGAGUGUUCCGCCGCAGUUCUGCAGCGUUCAAAAGUGCAUGUGUUCUUUAUUAUAAUAUAUCAAGGAUCGAAGGAUCCCCGUCUUUGUUUGUCUUCCGCGGCAACAGGUCUGUGUGGCGCGGACAGUAAGCUCUCGAGCUGCUGCUGCAGUCCCAACAGUUACUACGGAUUUGCACGGUGUCCUGUGCAGCAGUUAAUAAUAGUCCCGUGUGCAGCGGCUGCAGUUGUUGUCGUCGUCGUCGUCGGCGCGUGUCUAAAUCAGAGAAAAGACAUGUGCAGUCCGAAACAUCUACUACUAUUACUACGAGUGUGCCCGCGUGAGUUGUGAGAUAGUGUGCAGUUUCAUACGUGCUCGUGUGUGUGUGAAUUAUUAUUAUAUCGCAAUUGUGUGAGUGCAGUCGAUUAAGUGACCGAAAAAAUCGAUCGACGAGAGGUGCGUCCAGUUUUUCGGCCGAGAUCAACCGAGAUUACUCCACUGCUAGCUCCGAUCAAGCAUAUCUCGCGCGAUCGCACUUGAACAGGGCGAGGACGCUGGGCGUAUCAGCGACGAAAUGAAGCAUGCAGUAUGCGUGGUAGUACUGUCACGGCUGCGCGGUCCUGCCUUCAACCCCUGGUCUCCGCUAGCCGCUAUCUCGCCAUCAGAGCUCUGCCCGGUGAUCCUUUCUACUUCAUCGUCGAGACCAAAUCGAAGGUAAAAGAAGUCUACCAGCAAACAUGUCAACUACUGGGCCAGCAGGGCAUGCAAGAUUGCGAGCUCUUCGGACUAGCAAUUUUGUCAGACGGAGAAUAUUUGUUCGUCGAUCCAGAGAGUAAGCUAAGCAAAUACGCGCCCAAAAACUGGAGGAGUUCGCAUACCUACGGUUUGGACAGCACCGGACGUCCGGCCUUCGUCCUAUACUUUCGCGUGCGCUACUACGUGGACACGCCGCUGCUGCUGAGCGAUGAGACGACCCGCCAUCACUACUACCUGCAGCUGCGCGACAAUGUGGUGCGCCACGGGGGCGGCAUCGAGAGCUGGCAGGGCCAGCACCCGCUGCAGUCGGACCAGGUCUACGGGCCGCUGCUGCAGCUCGCCGGACUGGCCCUCCAGGCCGAUCUCGGCGACUACAACGACGAGCGCCACGGCAGACGGGCCCAGGCCUACUGCAAGGCCUCCGAGUAUCUCCCGGCUCACAUCUGCAUGGAAGAGAACGCCCUGGCGGUCCUGGCCACUCAGCACAAGAACAACCGUGGGCUCAGCCGCGAGGAGGCCGAGCUCUCCUACAUCCGCGAGGCCGUCCUGCUGGAGGCUCCGCUCAACGCCCAUCUCUACCGGCUGCGACGAAGCAAGAGCGAGCAGGGCCCCGGCCGAGCUCUCCUGGCCAUCUGCGCCCGGGGCGUUCGCGUCUACGCCGACGAGGGCGAGCCCCAGGUCUUCACCUGGAACAACAUCGGCAAGCUCGGCUUCGAUCGCAAGAAGUUCGAGAUCCGGGCCGUGGACCAGCCGAGCAAGCUCACCCUGUUCAGCGGCUGCGACGACAAGAGCAAGCUCCUGCUAGCUCUCUGUCGGGACACCCAUCAGUUCUUCAUGGCCAUAGCGCCGCGCGUCUCCGAGGCCAAGAGGCGCGAGGAGGAAGAGCGCAACGUGCUGCGCGAUUGCUACAUGUAUCCGGCUCGCUGCAAGCUGUCCAUGAGGACGCGCGGCUCCCGCACCGAUCAGCGCAUCAGUCUGGUGUCCACGACGUCCUCCAACACGACCUCGGGCAUCGUGAGCGACCGGGUGCAUAGCGAGGACGAGCCCGACGCGGCUCCCCCCCUGCCCAGCGAGGACCCUCCGAGCAAGAACAAGACCCACAACGAGUCCAUCGCUGCGUCCAACGCCAGCACCGUUACCGCCACCAACAACAACAACAACAACAACAACAACAACACGGCCGAGAACAGCAGCAACGCCUCGCUCGCCCUCGGCUCCCAGUCGAGCAGCACCUGCAGCACCGUCGUCGUCAACCUGUCCACGAACGGCUCCUCGAACGGUCCCUCCUCCGCCGGACUGGCCGCUGGCUCGGCCACGGCCGCCCUGCUGCGCGCCGCGGCCGCGGCCACCGGCAGAAGGCGGCCCGUCUCGACCGCCAGCUCGAAUCUCGAGCACGGCUACUCGUCGCAGCUGCGCCUGUCCACCGACAAUCUCUGCGAUCGCUGCGACGCCGCAAACAACAUCAACAAGUACGCCUCGACGACGGACGUGGGCAGCGAGACGAGCGGCGUCUACACCCUGCCGACGAGCAACAGCGAGAUCAACGACGAUCGCGAUACGGCCACCUACGAGUCCUCGGUGCAGUCCACGACCGACGAGGUCUCCGUGACAUCGGGCUUCUACACCAUACACAGUGGACUGCGCUCCGAGACCUCGGGCUCCUGCUACAGUCGACAGAGCGGCGGUAACGAGCACGAGCCGAUCUACAGUUUGUGCCAGGGCGACGACGAGACCGAUCAGCCUACCCUCAAGGCCAAGUUGAACGCGGUGGAGCAAACCGAGGCUAACAACAUUGACGCCGAUGACGAGCAACAAGGCAGAUCGCGAAGCAACAGUAUUCUCAGUGUCGGCAGUUUUCGCGGUGAUGGAAGCGACCCGCCCAACGGAAAGCUUCCAUUGCUCUCGGCCACUGAUCUCACCGACCUGAUAGUGGGCAAAUAUCCCGAGAGAAAGAGCGUCGGCUCCUCGCUCGAGUCCAACUGCGAUUACGUGCGCAUGCCACCGCCAAAGCCACCCUCGCCACCGUCGAGGAGCGACAGCGAGAGGCUUGUCAUGCCACUGCCACCGCCGAGAAACGACAGCGAGAGGGGAGGGUUGCCGCUUCCUCCACCGAGAAACGACAGCGAGAGGAUACUGCCGCCGCCACCGCCGUAUCCUGGCACCGUGCCGGUGCAGCAGCAACAGUGUCCACCGAUUCCACCGCCGGCUUAUCCGAGGGAACGCUUCGAGAUGCCACCACCCACGCCGCCAAGAAACGACGCUGUGAUGCCAAGAGAACCACCACCUCCUCCGCCACCUCCGGUGCGCAUACAGCCGCCAACGUAUCCAGGUGACAAGAUGAAACCCACGCCGGUGCACGCCCCAGUGGCGGCUCUCGUCGUUGGUCCGAAUAAUUACCUAGACGUUCACGCGACGCGCACGGGUCCGGUGCUGUUGCCGCACUACACGCCGCCUCAUCAGCAGCCUCCGCGGCAUCAAUCGGAGCAGCAGCAACAGCAGCAGCAACAUCAUCAUCAGACACUGCAGCGGCAUCCGCCACCACCGCCUCCCGCGCCUGAGACCGCGCCACCGCCACCUCCAACGGCCCCUCACGCCAAGGUCUACACCGGUCAGCCGGUCACGAGGUCUCAGCUCGAGCAGUACAAGCAGCAGCUGUACUCGGACGUGGAUUACGUCAUGUUUCCGCUGAAGGAUCCAGCUCUGUCUCACCAGGAGUACAUGGACGCGAAGCAGGGCUCGAUCAUCGCAGCCAUGGCGCACUAUCCGCCUCCGCCGCCGUACCCGCUGCAAAAGUCGUCGAUGCUGUAUCGCAGCACACCGUAUCUGGCCUACAAUUCGUCACUGUCGGCAUCCAAUCAAAAUCUCACUAGUCUCAGCGACACCAACAGCAUGCUCUACGGCAAUCCGAGCAGUCAGUACGCCGCGAGCACGAGCUCUCUGUACAGCGGGCUGACCUGCUCGAGCGGCAGCAAGGAUCUGUACGCCUCUCCUCCUCCGCCGCCGCUGCCUCCGACUAGCUCGAGACUGGUGGCUCAGAAGCAUCAGAACUUGUCGAGAAGCUACGGAGACAUCCUCAAGGGCAUCGAGGAGCCGAUGACCAGUUCCUUGGCGUCUUUGUCUCUAGCGAGGAGCGAGGCACCCAAGUUGCAGCCUCACAGAAGAUUACCACCGCCACCUCCACCGCCGCCCUACGAUAUUCAGACUUUGACAACUCCAAAUAAACCACCGCUGCCCAAGUAUCGUAGCAGUACGUUGGAGCCAAAAAUCGGUCCCAAGCCACCAGCACCUAAUCCAGUUGAUCCACCGCAAUAUCAUCCAAAGCCUCAAGCGAGACUACCAAUGAAACCUCAAGCCAAGCUUCCCGUUGCACUGCCAGAUCAGUCUUCCUCCGCAGUAAUUCGUAAAUUGGAACAAAACAGUAAUCAACAACAGCAACAGCAGCAACAGCAUCAGCAGCAACAGCAGCAUCAAAAGCAACAGCAACAACAACAGCAACAGCAACAACAAAGUGACGUCAUGCUCGAUAUCACGAGCUUGCGAGAGAAAAGUCGUAAUCUCGAUCUACCUUUGAUCUCAGCACUUUGCAACGAUCAUCACUUGCUGAAACAAACCAAAGCUUUUGUCUCAAAACAACAACCGUCGAGCGAGAUGGCUGCGGCAUCCAACGUAACGGGUGCCAGCAGUAAUGGUUCAGUUAGCGGCUACGGCAGUUCACUAAUGAAGCAAAAGUAUUCUUCCAGUAGUCUUUCAAUGAUGGAUCUAGCUCCAAAAUCACCCAGAAAAAUCAGCCACGUUAAUAGCAGCAUGGCAGUCAAGUCUUCGGCUCCACCGAUUCCUUCGCCCAAAGCUGGAGGACACAACUCUCAAACGAUACCCAGUGAAAAGAACCUGCCGAAAUCGACCCAAUCGUAGAUCGUGACAACCGAGAGAAUUCAUUGGAGAAAAUUUGAUUAUGAAGAAAAUAAUCAACUGACUGAUAAUCGACAGACUUGGCUAAAUUAGCUUCCUUUUACAAGAUAGUAUUAUUCAUAAGCCUAGCGAUAUAACUUGUACUUAACUAGACUAGAAAAUUUAAAUAAACUCUGUAAAGUAUUUUACGCACUGCGAUCGUCGAAGCAACAAUUUUUAUACUUGUAAAUAAUUGGACCUUCGCAUCGGCGUACAAUAGCUGCUAGCAUAAGUGGAGCAAAAAGCGUUGAAUUGUGCUACAAAGACUGCAUGUAGGAUUUCACGGAAAAUGUGUGUCACGUAUUAAAGCGCAGUCUCGUGUAGGAAAAUUCAAUAUCGUUCGGUUAAGCACAGUGUAAUUGACAGAUCCGCAUAAUACCGUGCUUCUUCGACUCAGGGUGCCAUUCUCAUCUUUUCGUCUCAUGUACUUUAAAUAAAAGUGUCGAUUAGCAGAUCAAUUCAAAUUGAAGGUUUUAGUCUGUAAACCUUAAGUGUAAUUUAAUCAUAAACAGGGCUGUAAAAUAUUAAUACUUUUGUAUGGCUAGGAUUAUAUACACUUUUGAAUUCGAAAUGUAGCGUUAAGAUAUUCAUGGCCAACAAUUUUUUUAAAUCGAAAUUUGGCUUUAAGCGCGCAUGUUCUCAUCAUUUGUAAAUAAUACAUGUAUCAUCGAACGAUUUCCAUUGCAGCAAUUUAUAACUUGCUUAUCAUGUUAAAAAUACAAAAUUAAGGAAACGUAAAUUUUAUUUUAAUCGUAGUAAAGUAUAGCAAAUUUUGUACAUAUAUAUUAAUGCACAACUGGUUAAUAAACUCGGUCAAUUUUUUUUCUCAUCUUUAUUAAAGGAGAUAGAAAAUUAUUUACUAUUGUACUGUACUAAAUUUGCGCGGAAGAAAAGAUUGUAUGCGAGAGGAUCAGUAUAAGUCAGAGAAAAUUUUAGGAUACAUUCAUUAAACUCAUACACUGCAUAAGAUUGUAAAACAAGGAAAAUCGAACAUUCCGUCCGUCACUAAUAUAAGUAAUAAUGUACAUGAACUUUUACUAUGAUAAUUUCUGAAUGGCACUCUAGCUGCAUGCCUAUAUAUUUUAACGGUCAUUUCAUAGGAUUUUUUUUUUCAUUUUUUUUAUCUCCAAUCACAGAUAGGUACGACGAAAAAAAAGCGCGUGUAUGUAAAUGUUAUACACACGCAGCUCACGUUUAUAUUGCUUUAUUCUAUCCUUGCGUCAGGUACUAUAAAUAUGUAGAAUUAUUGUAGCAUGACAACUUAGGAAUAAAAAAAAUAUCCGGUUCUCUUAACUGCAAAUAAAUACAAUUUUGUAAUUA